AUGGACCACGGACACAUGGAUCACGGCCAUAUGGACCACGGCGACAUGGGCCAUGGCGGCCACGGCGGCAUGGACAUGGGCGACGGGCCCAAGUGCAACAUGAAUAUGCUUUUCACCUGGGACACCACCGACCUCUGCAUCGUGUUCCGGUCCUGGCACGUCGGCUCGACCUGGAGUCUGAUCGUCUCGCUGGCCGGCGUCGUCGUGCUGUGCGCCGGCUACGAGCUGGUGCGCGAGAUGUCCCGCCGCUACGAGGCCUCGGUCGCCGCGCGUCAGGGCGGCGUUAGAAUUGGUGGCUCAGGCGUGCCUGCCUUCUCCGUCGCCUUCUCCAUCGGGGUACCCCCCGGUCCAAGUUUCUUGCCCUUCAAUUCCUUCAAUGGAACGAGAGAAAGAACCGGGCUUACGCAAAUCCCACCAUGUCAUUCCACCCCAAAAGACCCUCGCAUCCAUUCAGUCGUCGACGAAGACAGCCGCUUUGACGAAUCGAGCUCAUUACUCGGAACAACAACAGCAAACAACAGCGGCGUCGGCGGCCGCGCAGUCGUCGCUUGGUCGGCGCGCGAGGAAAAACGGGUAAAGGUGAUCAAGGCCGUGCUCUACGCCGUCCAGGUCUUCUACUCGUUCUUUAUCAUGCUCCUCUUCAUGACCUACAAUGGCUGGGUCAUGCUCGCCGUCGCUGUCGGUGCCUUUGUCGGCUACCUCGCCUUCGGAGACGCCAGCGGGGGCGGCGGCGCAAGUGCCACCAAGACCGUCGCGUGUCAUUAA